AAUGAAAAGGCUUACUGAUGUCAUUAUGUACCAGUUUCACCACAGGAUUUAAUCCUCAUUUUAAGAGAGAGAUGAUAAGCAGUCGCAUGUUGUUAUUGUUGUAUUCUGUGUAUUGUUUCACAUUUAAAAUAAUGAUCCUUGGCUGCAAAGAAUUAAAUUGUACUAUAAAUUUUAAAAGUGCAAUGAAUUAUAGAUCCAAGUAAAAAUGAAAUAGUUUUGUUGGCUGGAAUUAAAAUCUUACUUUGAAAAUGUCUCGUCUUGAAGCUAAAAAGCCUCCAUUAUUUAUUAGUGAACCUUUAACUAAAGAAACACUUAGUCAGUCACUGUCUCUGCUAAAUGAAAUAUUAAAAUCUUGUUUUGGUCCUGCUGGUAGACUCAAACAGUUCCACAAUGGUGUGGGAGGCUAUGUUUGUACAACUUCACAAUCUUCAGCCAUACUCAGCCAUCUUUCUGUCAGUCAUCCUGUAUUAAGUGUUUUGAUGGUCUCUGUGCAGAGCCAUAUAUCCCACUUCAGUGACUGUGGCUUAUUUACUGCUGUUCUGUGCUGUAGUUUGAUUGAAAACUUUAAAAGCCUAAAUGUUGCACCUUGCACUGUCAUUAAAAUAAGCAAGCACCUUUUGAGGUUAUGUAUGGACUACCUCAAAUCUGAGGCCUGUGGUUGCCGAGUGUCCGUGGAUUUUGGCAGUCUUGAGACUCUUCUUUGUUUGGUACGUAGUGUAUUAACAAGUAAACCUGCUUGCAUGCUUAAUAAACUAGAAGUUGAUCAUCUCACCAUGCUGAUUUUAAAGGGUUUUUUGUUUACUGUUCCAUGUCAUGUUGAGACUAGUGCUGUUUUAGGAAAGUGUAUAAUAAUACCUGUGAAAGGUAGAAGAGUUGUGGAUUCUACAGUUCUUCCUGGACUACUGAUAGAAACACCAGAAAUUCAAUUGGCAAAACCACUUGCUGUCAAGAGAACUUGUUCAAAUCUGAUCAAAAUAGCACUUUUCUGUGUGUCCAUGUCAGGAGACCUCUUCAACCCUGAAGAAGGAACUAUAACAGUCUGUCACGGAAUUUCUCUAGAAAUGGCAGAGCUGAAUCAGUUGCUUAAUGUAGGAAAGCAGCUGGUUAAGGAUGGCGUCAGCCUUGUAGUGUGCCAGAAAGUUAUCCAUCCAUCCUUGAAACAGUAUCUGAAAGAGAACCACAUCAUGGCUGUGGACAGAGCUGGGCUAUCUCUGAUGGAACCCCUGAGUCAGAUGACAGGCUCAAAGCCUAUAGCUUCCAUACAUUCAUUGUCUCCCAGUUGUUAUGGCAGUCUGAAAGAUGUGCGUGUUGAGAGUUUUGCUUCAAAACAUUUUGUGCAUCUGAUUCCUCACUACACAGUUGUCUGCAGCUUGAUACUCUGUAACAGAAAUGAAACGGCAUGGGAUGAACUGAAGCGUGCCUGUGAAACUGCAGAACACGUGUUACAGUUAACAAUCAAGGAACCUUUGGCAUUGUUAGGAGGUGGCUGUACAGAAACUCACUUGGCUUCAUACAUCAGACACAAGGUUUGUAGUCUGCCCGCCAGCAGUUUUAAAGAUAUGGAUUGUUCUUGGACACAAUACCAGUUGGUUGCUGGUGGUUUUUGCCGUUCCCUGGAGUCUGUAGCUUGUGCUCUGAAUCAUGAUGGUGGAGAAGUUCUUACAGACAUGGUUUAUGGACACUGUUGGUUUGUUCCAUCAGGUUUUCCCUCUAUCUCUAAUUGGUCACAUUUAGUUUCAAAAUGUGGCUGUGGGAUUAAUGGUAAUACUGAGAAUCUCAACUGGAGGCUUUUGCAAGGCCAGUUUGGCUCUCAUGUUAUACAGGGCUGCCUUAAAGACCCCUCCGUAAAGGUUACUGACUUUCUGGCAUUGGACUGUUUUGCUGCUAAGUGUAGUGGCCUACAGGUAGCUCUGGAGACAGCCAAUCUGAUUUUGGAUAUCUUACACGUAAUUGAAGAUCAAAAUUAGCUCUGACCUUAUGUGCGUUGUGUUGCACAGCAAGAUGCUUAAUUGAAAGCAGAGUAAUAUAUAACAUGUUAAGAUACUUUAAAUGGUUAGAAUAUGGACAACAGGCAGAAAUUUUAAAUCAGUUGGCCUUAAGUACUCUUCUGACUGUUAAUCUACUGUGCCCUCAAGCGUUUUCAAGUGUGUAAUAUUCUGUUAGGAACUGUUAAAUAAUUAGCCAAAUAUACAGUGAAUCAUAGUAACAUAUGACUUACAAGUAUUCAAGAGUGAAUGACACUUCAAAAAUUGAGUUUUUCAUGUCCUUCUGGGAGAUUUGGAUGUUGUUCAGUAAAUAAGUGCUGAAUUUAAGGAGUCUUGUGUGAUAUUCCCUCUGCAUUAAGCAAAGUCUUGGAUGUUUGCUAGCUCUGUGGCACCUUCAAAGGAAUGGGGAAAAUGGAUUCACUUGCUGAGAAAACAUAUGUCAUGGAUUAGAAUUUAUGUAGUCUCAGCAAAAGCUUUACACAUUCAGUCAGACUUUUGUAUUGCAGCAGAACUUUAUCACUGGUGUUUUUGAUUUUGUAGGUUAAAAAGAAGGCUUUUCUUAGCAAAUAUCUCAAGCACUUGUUUUCAAACCUUGUUCUGAAGAUCUUGUCACCAUAUACUAUAUGUACAUUCUGUUUCUGAAUGGCUGGAAGAUUUAAAUUCAUAGAUGUAAUUUAUUUAGCAAAUUAUUAAAACUCAACCUGGAGAUCUUAAAAUAGCAGGUAAGUAAUUGAAGAUUUGGAAAGAAAUGGCAGACUGGAAAAAAACUUUUGUAAAGUGGACUUUGAUUGUUUUCUGUAGAAUACAGGACAGUUUAUAAAUAAUGGUGUUUGUAACAUUUAAGCAAAGCUGCAAGAAUGAAUGUCCCACUUACCAUUCAGUUAAAUCUUUGACUGUGCAUAGCUUCUUUUCUUUUAAUGAAAUAAGGCUUUAAGCUGCUCAAGCUUGAUUUGAUCUUUGAAUAAGGCUGUAGACUGAAUGAUUGUAACUUCUGUUUUUCAGCUUGCAUGCAAGAUCAAAAGGGGUGUUACAAUUUCUUGCGUAAACUCAUUUUCUCUGCCCCUUUUCUUCUCCCUCUUUGUUUUCAGUCACAAGGGAUAAACUGUUCAUUACAUGCUUUUUCCAGAAAACAUCUAGACUAGUUUGCUGAUUUGUUUCCUGGUCUCUUAAGUUUUUAAUUUACUGCAUAUAAGCAGUAGAAGUGUUUUGUAUAACUCAGUCUUGAAAUAUGUAAUUAAAAACAGAUCCUUCCA